AUGGAGGACGCACAAGAGCAAGGAGGCCGGAGACGGAAGCGCGUGUCUAGAGCUUGUGACCGAUGCCGCAGCAAGAAGGAUCGCUGCGAUGGAAGACGUCCUGCAUGCCUUGCCUGCCAGAGUUCUGGUAGUAUCUGCUCCUAUGAUCCCUCAGCCAAGAAGCGCGGGCUUCCAGAAGGCUACGUCCGUGGAUUGGAGAAGCUCUGGGCACUGUCGAUGUCGAACAUUGAUGGCCUGGAGGAAAGCGUUUUAAGCUUGUUGGGUGCGAAUAAUGAACCGGCAUCCCACAGGAGACGGAAGCUCGUUUCUCUCUGGGUGACAGAAUCCAUCUCCGAGAAGCUGCACGACUCGUGGAAAUCCAGUGGCCUCUAUAGGGAACUUGAACGGUUGCUCUCCGCGGGAGAUAUCGAGAGCGUUUUAUCCUCGAGAGCCGACAGCGAGAAUCGAGGCCCGUCAGUCGAGCGUGCAGAAUCCCACGUUGGUCCACACGACCCUUUCGAAUAUCGCAUCGAGACGCAACCGGCAUCCGGUGGCUUAGAAUUAGAGCAGUCCGGCGGUGCUCGAUUCAAAAGGAUUAAGCUUGCACACAAUCCAUCCUCGAGUCCUGAUUCCUGCCAGUUACAACUUCCAGUCCAGACACCACGCUUGCUCGAUAUCUACUUUGCACACACCCAUACCUGGUUUCCGAUCAUAGCCAAACAUAGCGCUUUACGGACCUCAUACUCAUAUUCGUCUGAGCCUCUGUCUCUCAGCAGGAAGGCUGCCGUCUCCGGCGACCAUGCGGCGCUCUGGGCAAUUCUCAGCUAUACAACAGCACAAUUGAAGUCAUCGUCCGAUUCCGAACAACUAGGUUUUGCUGACCCCCUGGCGACGUCGAAAGAGUUCUACGCUGUCGCUAGGAGUCUCAUACCGACUGAAAAGGAAAACUUCGAGACUGGUCACGUCCAGGCCUUACUCCUCUUGACCCUGGUGAACAUUGGACUGGGAGACUGGACCGCGGCAUGGCUUCUAAGCAAUCAAGCCACCAGCUUGGUGCUGCACCUUGGGAUUGGACGGCAAGCGGAUCACAGGCAGCAUCCAGUGAGCCAUCAGACCAAGGCCGUUUUCCUCGGAUGCUUUGUGGUCGACACCCUCCUUGCUGUCCGCCUCGGGAGAUGCCCGCACAUGCGACCCGAGGACCUGGCUCCAGUCGGGCCGCUCGAGGAGGAUGGAUUGGAGGAAUGGAACCCGUGGAUGGAGGCCCUCUAUCCCAAUGGUCCUGCUCAAGGCCAGGUCCUGCCUGGUCGCGGCCCGCUUCUUGCGCGAAGCUGUUUCAACCGACUUGUUGAGCUUGCCAGCUUUUUAAACCGCAUAUCUCGACACGAACCAUAUGGGUUCGACGCCCAGUGGUUUUGUCAAACCAUCAUCAAGGACAUGCAAGCCUGGGAGGAUAAGUUGCCUCCCGCUUGUCGCCUUGCUGCUCUCUGCAACAGUGCCGCUUCGGCAAACACGACCGCGCUGCUUCCUCAUCAGAUAUACCUUUCUCUGACUCACAUCGCGACGCUAAGUUUCUUCUUCACUCGAUUCUCUUCACAGGUUCAAGGCUUGUAUUAUCCGGUACGAAGGCUAUUGCAGGUGGUGCCGGUUCUUCUUUCUGGUCACGGAGAAGUAUUUGGACAGUUCACCCUUCCACCGCUAUUCGAGUGCCCUUUGCGUGCAAUCUCCGACUGUGCUCGGUUUGGCGGUGCAGCUACCGAGCAGGAUGAGCUUCAGCUCUCGCUGUGGUUGGAUUCCACAUCCCACGAGGUGUCGAAGGUUGGAGGAAUUUGGCCGGUGAUGGCAUCCUUCGCUGAAGAAGUUGGGAACAAACGAGCUGGACCCUUUAAACGCGGCUCACUACAUUCUGUGGCAAUGACAGAUUUCAUGGAUGUAAGACGGUUAGCUGGGAGCCAUCAGAUGUUGAACGAUGAGAUGGAGGGGCUAUCACACAUCGAUUCUUCGCCGCAAAACGACCCAGGUCAAGCCUUGCGGCAUAACACCAUCUCUUCUCUGGCCUUGAUGUCCCGUCCUGAACACGCCAACGACGGCCCUGCGAACCUCGCCGCCAUCCCAGCCGCUUCACCGCUGGUAUCUAGCAUGAGAUCCGACGGACAGCUAAACGGAGCAGCUCAGGCAGAGUUGCUUGACAACAACUUCUUGACGCCCUACGAAUCCCAUUUUUCGAGCACCGAAACCGCAGAUCCGUCUACGGUCUCUGAUCACCCGCGACUCCCGCUUCAACACCUCCCCCACGCCAUUGCAAAGGCGUCGGAAUCCAACCGGCGACUACAACCCAAACACCCGCUGCCCACCAACGACCUCGACUCGAUCUUUGAUGAUUUGGCACAUCUAGACACCAACGAGUGGACGACUAGUCGUGAACAAGAACUCAAAGAUUUCGGGUUCGUUGACGAGAUUGCGUUCCAGGCAUUCUGUCGUGAUCCGGAGCGUGUGGCGGGGACGAAUCCUCUGCUUCGUCCAGCGUCCAUUGCAGAUAUUUGGCCACCACCCGGUUUCUUCCCAGAUACGUUUCGUGACGAUAAGGAGGCUAGUAUGCUUGAUUCGAACGAGGGAAAGAUAUGA